AUGUCAGAUCAAGGUUCUCCACCAGGCAGUUUAGAUGACGAGCUUGCGGCUGCUUUCGAUGGCGAGUUUGGCGAGGAUGAAGCAGAAGAGCAGGCUAAUGACGAUGACGGAAACAUCCCAAAGCACGACGACGAGGGCGGGAAUUCUUCUUCCAGCUCUGAGGUUGACUUGGACGAACUAGGUGAUCAAGGCUUUACCGAAAUCGAGGCGCUUCAAGAGGAUACUGGUGAGCAAGACACGAGGUUGCUUGCCUGGGCAGCCUCGGGUUGCAUCUAUAUUAGGUCUUUCCUUACCCGCCCCUUCCGUCUCCCGACUCUUCCUGUCCCACCCCUCAUCGGCAAUUAUCGAACUCGCUUUGUGGCCCCUUCGAUAAUUCCGUCCUUCCCCGCAUUUUCAAUCCGCAACCUCAAACAAAUGGCAGGAUACCAUCCCCCGCCACCCAAGCGACAACGUGUGGUCAGGUUCAGCGACUGCGGUGGUGCCGGCGCCGCCAGCCGGCGCCGCAACGACGGUGGCGGCGGCGCCGCCGCCGCAGCCGGCACAUCCCCCUCCGCAUCCCCCCCCACUUCCCCAUGCGCCCAUCCUGUUUGGGUGUUUGGAUUGUGCGGACUCUGCGGCAUUAGUAAAGAAGCGGCAGUAGAGGCGGCAGUGGCAGCAGCAGCGGCGGCGCAAGCAGACGCAGAGUACGACAAGUACGGGCAGUACCUUGGCGGCGUCGCUGGUGUUGGCGGCAGCAGCAGUGGAAGCGGAUACCUGGCGGUCGCAGGGGCGGUUGGCGGUUGGCCCGCCGCCGGGGGUGUCCGGGUAGGCUGCUGGGGCGAGCCGUUGGUGUGCCAUGUCGCGUUAGUUGGGCGAAGGGAUCGCGCCACGUGUGGGAACUUGUGGGGUGUCAGUGUGCACGAGGGUAUUUGCGUUUGUACGACGAUGUACGGCGGAUUGGACGAGCUCCGCAACAUUCUUACGUUGUAUAAUGCGUAUUCUCUCAUGUCGUACAUGCAGUCGGGUGUUGUACGGCUUAAGCACCUCCACGCGAGUAAGGAGGUAGAAGUCAGCACGGACGAGGCGGACCGCAUUCGCAGGGAAACCGUCACACGGCUGUUGUCCCGGCGGCGACUGAUUUUGAUUUUGGAUCUGGAUCACACUCUGCUCAAUUCCGUACACACCUCGGAGGUGGGGCCGGAUACGGCAACCCAGUUGGCCGAGGUGCUGCGCCGCGAGGAGGAGGCUAACCUGGGCCCUCGGCGGCUGCUGCACCGACUUGCGGAAAAUAAGUUGUGGACCAAACUCCGGCCCGGGGUGUUCGAGUUCUUGGAGGGUUUGAGAGACGAUUACGAGAUGCACAUUUACACGAUGGGGGAUAAGACGUACGCGGCGGAGGUUCGGAAGUUGCUUGACCCCACUGGCAAGUUGUUCUCCUCUGUUAUCGCAAAAGACCACUCCACCACCGCAACCGCGAAGGAUCUUGACGUGCUGCUUUCAGCGGACGAGCUUGCUCUGGUAUUGGACGACACGGAGGCGGUUUGGCCAGGACACCGGAGGAAUCUGUUGCAGGACAGCGAUGAGAGCGCUACGGAUGGCGCUCUGGCCGCCCAUAUGCGUGUACUGCGCGCCGUACACACACGGUUUUUCUCCGCGGAUGAUCCCUCACUGCCCCCCCUGGAGCGAAGGGAUGUGCGGGACAUUCUGUCCGAGCAGCGCCGUGAGAUACUGCAGUUGAUGCCUCAGGGUUGCUGUAUCACCUUCAGCCGCUGCUGGCCUCAAGACCGUAACCCCCUCAGGGAGCCGUUAUGGCAGUUGGCAAUGUCGUUGGGGGCCAACUGUCUAACCACCUAUGACCCGGGGGUCACAACACAUGUCGUGGCUGCCGCGGGUGGCACGGAAAAGGGGUGUGCACACAGGUGGACACGCCUUCCCGAAGAGGAUUUUGCAGUUCCGGAGCUGCCAUCAUCGGAGGGACGUACGGCACAUGGGCCGAGCGGCGGUUGCAGGGAUGUUGGAACUCGUCGUCUUAGUCCAGAGGAGGAGUUGAAGGCGGCAUUGACGAGUGCCGCUGGCGGUGGCGGUGGCGGGGGCGGCGGGCAGAUGGCAAAGCACGAAUGA